GGAAGAACCCGCUGACGAAGGUCUAUAAACAAAAAAACAACAACUCAGAGUUGCCCAAGCUAAUCAGCUUCUUGAAAACCAUAAGAAAUAACCAGAAUCGGGAGGAGGGGAAAAAUAUGGUCACCACCGAUUCAGACUAUGACCGGCUGGCGGAGCAGAAGGCAUUCAACGCAACAAAAGCCGGAGUGAAAGGGCUAGUGGACGCCGACGUCAAAGAGCUUCCCCAGAUCUUCCACGCGCCGCCGCAUUUCCUCAACGGCAGACCUCCAGCUCCAGACGGCGACCCGGAUUUCUCCCUCCCGGUAAUCGACCUGGCAGGUGCGAGGGCCGAUCAAGACCCCGAAGAGCGGAAACGAAUCAUCAAGAAAAUCGGUGACGCAUCGACAGAGUGGGGUUUCUUCCAGGUCGUGAACCACGGCGUCCCGGCGAGCACCCUGAACGAGAUCAGAGCCGGGACGCACCGGUUCUUCGACCAGGACGUGGAAGUGAAGAAGGAGUACUUCAGUGCCGAUCCGAUGUCGAAAGUCGUGUACACGUCUAACUACGGCCUGUACACGGCCCCGGUCGCCAACUGGGGCGACCUGAUCCUGUUCAGGAUGGCGCCGGACCCGCCGGCGCCGGAGCAAAUCCCCGCCUGCAUCAGGCAGAACGUGCAGGAAUUCUCCGACGAAAUGUCCAAGGUCGGGGAAUUGCUGCUCGAGCUGAUGUCGGAGGCGUUGGGUCUUGCUCCGAAUCACUUGAAGGACGAGAUGGGUUGCGCGGAAGGAAUUGGAUUGGCCUGCCAUUACUACCCUCCUUGUCCUCAGCCGGAGCUCGCCCUGGGGAUUACUCACCACACCGAUAUUGGGUUCGUCACCGUUCUUUCUCAGGACCACGUCGGAGGUCUGCAAGUCGUUCAUCGAGAUCGUUGGGUCGAUGUGCCUCCGGUGCCGGGGGCUUUAGUGGUCAACGUCGGGGAUAUGCUUCAGCUGAUAUCGAACGAUAAAUUCAAAAGUGCGGAGCAUAGAGUGAUCGUCAACAGUACUGAACCAAGAAUAUCAACAGUUGCAUUUUUUGGUAAUGGGUCAACGUUGAAACCGAGAAUGUAUGGACCUAUAAAAGAGUUGUUAUCGGAAGGAAAUCCUCCCAUAUACCAAGAAAUUGCGAUGGAAGAAUUCUUUUUCCAAACCUAUAAAAAGGGCUUCGAUGGUGACUCGUAUCUGCCACGACUUAAGCUCUGAGGAUCAAGCGUCUCUUUUGAACAAGAUCGAUGACAGAGUACAAGGGUGCUUCUUCUUCAUGAUUUGCAAGAUUUGUCGUGUAAUAAAAGAUCCUUCAACUAUGGCGAUAAUGAGAUGCACACUACUAUUGUAACCGAUGCAUAUGCCUUGGUCGGAUCUGUGCUUGUUUUCUGGUUUUUAAAAGAGAGUGUUGUUUGUGUUUUUCCAUCGAGUCUUUCUUAUCUCUGUUGAUGUGCUUCCUCCUUCCCUUCUCCCGAAUCCUUCUUCGUAGAAAUUCAAUGGACAGUUGAUCAACGCGAUUAAGUCAUCAUUUUGGAUCAGAUUUAUUUUGAUUUAUAAAUAAUAUAUACAUACCUAAUA